GUUUAACGUCACAGCUACAAAACCUGCCAACGCAGAUUCAGAGCAAUGAGAAACGUUAUCUUUAUUUCAAGAUAACUAUCAGGAUAUUUAUCAAUGGAGGCGACAUAGUUGACCUCGGUGCUGUCGAAACAAGAUGAUGAAAAACUGGGGAGUCAUUGGUGGGAUAGCUGCCGCGAUUGCAGCUGGAGUAUACGUCUUGUGGGGCCCAAUUACAGAGAGAAAGAAGAAAAAGAGAGGUAUGGUUCCUGGUCUGUUGAAUAUAGGCAACACCUGCUUCCUGAACUCUUUGCUUCAGGGUUUGGCAGCAUGUCCGUCCUUCAUCCGGUGGCUGGAGAUGUUUUCAGGUUCCUCUAUGAUCCAGUCAUGCAAGGACAACCAGCUGUCCACGACACUGCUUCAGCUUCUCAAUGCUCUAUCCAGUGAUCAGCCAGGGGAGGAAGAUGUACUCGAUGCCGGGUGCCUCCUGGAUGUUCUCCGACUCUACCGGUGGCACAUUAGUUCAUUUGAAGAGCAGGAUGCGCAUGAACUCUUUCAUGUCCUCACAUCUUCUCUGGAGGAGGAGCGGAAUCAUCAACCCAAAGUCGCUCACUUGUUUGACAUGCAGUCCCUCGAGAGCAUCCCUGAUCAAGAUGAGAAAAGCAUGAUCUGCAGAAGUCGUGCACCUCUUCAUCCUAUACCAAGUCCUUGGAAGUCUCAGCAUCCUUUUCAUGGUCGUUUAACAAGCAAUAUGUCAUGCAAGCGCUGCGAACAACAAAGUCCGGUGCGGUAUGACUCAUUUGAGAGCCUCUCCCUGUCCAUCCCUUUACCUCAGUGGGGUAGACCUAUUUCGCUGGAUCAGUGUCUUCAACAUUUUAUCUCCUCUGAAACCAUCAAAGAAGUGGAGUGUCAAAACUGCACCAAGCUUCAACAAGGGAACACAGUUAACGGGCAAGUUCUGGAAAGCCAGAGGACAACAUUCGUUAAACAGCUAAAACUGGGAAAGCUCCCCCAGUGCCUCUGUAUCCAUUUACAAAGACUGACGUGGUCCAGUGAAGGAACCCCCAUCAAAAGACAGGAGCAUGUGCAGUUCACAGAGCAUCUAUCGAUGGACCGCUACAAACACAAUGCUGCCACACACAGAAGUCAGCGAAUCAGAUGUGUUCAGAACCCCAUAAAGGCUGAAAAUUCAGAUUCCAUGGAAAAGCCCUCUGCUAAUGGCACUGAAACAGAGCAACGGCACAACAACAACAGACCUUUUUCCAACGGCACAUGUUCGUCUGUAUUUCUUCAGUCUCCUGGAGUGAACCCACAGCUCGGCCUCACAUAUGACUUCAGACCUACAGAGUAUUUGUUCCAGCUCAACGCUGUGCUGGUUCACCACGGUGACAUGCACUCAGGACAUUUCGUCACGUACCGUCGCAGCCCUUCCUCACCGCGCACCUCUUCACCCAUCAGCUCCCAGUGGCUGUGGGUGUCAGACGACUCGGUACGAAAAGCCAGCCAGCACGAGGUGCUGUCGUCCAACGCCUACAUGCUCUUCUACGAGAGAGUCCGAAGACCGAACCCGGCUCUGCACUCAGAGGAGUAACCUGAAGCUCGCAACCUCACAGCCUGAAUGACUUCUGCCUUUCCAGUCAAACUGUCCCAGCUGUAUGUGCCAGUUACAACACGGUUACCAAUAGGUGGAUUAUGACUUUCAGACAAUGACACCAGAGAGAAAAUCCAUCCCAGAGUUACUGUAAAGUUAAUUUUGGAUCAUGCAUCACAGCAACAUGUUGAAGGCCAUUGAAUGACGUAUGAAUCCACUUUGCCUGCUGCUCUGUUCCAGAGUAGAAGGCUCUCAAUCCCAAAGAUUAUGGACCUGCACGAUUUUUAGUCAAAUAUCUUUGAUCAUGUAAACAACUUUGUGUAACAAUUUUUGUCAUGCAACAUUUGGCUUCUAUGGGACAAAAAAACAGGGCACUAAACAAUAUAGUGUAUUUUCUAGCCCUGCAAGACAUUGUUCAUGUGUGAAUCAAUUUAUUAAACUCUGUGGCAUAUUCAUGAUGCUGUAGAUUUUGGUAUUAAAUUGAAACGCAAAUUUACUUUACAGUGUUCCUGUUAAUUUGUCCCCUGCCUGUACAUUACAGACAUAUACAGAAGUAGCUGAUUAGGAGUCCUUGGAGAUGUUACUGAGAAGUUAUGAAGUCAAAUAGGUAGAUUUUCCCUACCUCUGGUUCUCUAUUGUCUAAUCUAAUUUGCCUAAUAAUUUCCAGCAGUGUAUGUAAAACUAUUGGAAUUAAUGUUUCAAGAGGCAUUGUUCAUAAGCAGUUGAAUUUGAUAUUUUUUUAUGUUUCUAAUAAUCCUAACACUGUUGUGUUUUGCAGAGUUGAAUUUAAAGUGCCAUGUUGUCUUUAAUGCUCGAGAUUAUUAACACAUAAAGCCAAGUGUGCGACAACUGAUAUGAUGCAUCAGAGCCAUUUGGAAUGGUGUUGAUGUAAAAACAGAUUAUUAAAAAUGAUCAGCUCUCAGUAAAUAAAGCCACAGUAUGACAGCAGGUUUUUGGGUAAGUUAUUCUGAAUAUCUUUAAUUCUGUGUAGCUGCCGUUGCUCCUACCAAACCAACUAAGUCAAAUUGAGUAAUCGCCUGGUGCAAAACUCAUUAAUGUUUGUGAUUUGCACUAAUGUAUAUUCAUGUGAGAUUGUGUGUAUUUUUGUGCAAUCUGUAAAGGUGAUUGUUUUCAGGUAUUAAAAAAUAAAACAAACU